AUGUCAGAUAGUUGGGCUAUUUACCAUCAUUCUGAAUUUAGCAAGUAUAAGAUUGAACUCAAUACCCCUGCUCUUCUAUUGCUUAAAUACUCGGGUCCUGUCUCAGAAGUCUUUCCCAUGAAGAGCUUGUGUUCUCUUGUCAAAGUUGAUAUUGAAUUUUAUAGAGACAGAGUAUGGGGAGACUAUGAAUUUAAUCAAAGGUCGACAACUGAACUUGCUCAAGAAAUAUAUAAUGUUCAUAGUCUUCAUUUAUCUGGUGGAUCAAUUGAGUUGAAAUGUGAUUCAGUUCCUAUAAACCAUUCAUACCCUCAAACUGCUAUGCUUACCCUUCAGAUGUAUGAUUGCGAACUACCAGUGUUUCAUAAUUUGACCUUUUUGGAGCUUGGUGUUUGCUAUGCUGGAUGGGAAUUGCUGCCAAACUUACUUGAUAGCUCACCACAUCUGAGAACUCUUGUUUUUAAGGAGAUUCACCUCAAGAUGAUUGACACGGGGGAAUUCCAAGGAGAAAAGCACGAGCUUAAAAUGGUGAAGUACUUUUUACACAAUGCAAAAGUCUUGAAGACACUGAAUAUUCGUCUCUUGAUGACCGAGACCAAACAGGAGAAGUCUGAAGUUUACAAGAAGUUAUUGAAAAUACGGAGGAGUUCAACAAGUUGUAGAGUUGUUAUUUCCUGA